AGAUUAAUGUUGCCAGGACUGACAGAAGUGCAAAAAUUUAAGACGUUGAAGAGAGGACAACCAAUAUAUUUCCGUUUACUAUUAUAAACGGUUGCCGCUUCUUUUUAUCUAAUAUUGUUUUUACAAAAUCUCACAUAGUAAAUAAAAGUUCGUGCAACAUUAACUGCAUUAUCGAAACAUUACGUUUAUCAAAUUAUUAAAGUAUGCAUUGUAUUUAUAAAUAAUCGUGUUAUUGAUCAUUCAUGUUUUGUCGUUGCCAUAUUUUCAAUUUUGUACGAGUGGCAAAUCACAAAGUACCACGUGAUUGUCGUUUACAAAUGACCGUUGUGAUGAGUUAUUCUGUUCGAUGUUAUGAAAAUAUAAAAGAUGUGUAAUAGAUGGAAAUUUGAUUUUUCAUAAAAUGUUUCAAAAUGUAUUUGCCGUUUUGAAUCAAGUGUUUAAAAAUUGAUUUUAUAAAAUGUAUUCGUAAAAUGUGAUAUCUUAAAAAAGUUGCUGUAAAUAUUUGCAAGUAUGAAUGAAUUUACAACAACUAAGUGUAGAUUAAUUAAUAUGAAAUAACAUAAUAUGAAAAGCAACUCUAAGAAGGAAGACACUGACAAGAAAAAGAAAUAUGUCUUUUUUUCUGAUCCAGAUGUUAUUGUUCAAGGUGCUGAAACAUCUGCUGCAACAGCUGGAACUCUUGUAUGUGAAAAGCACCAAGAUCAUAUUACUGAACAAACAUCUAAGGACAAAGUAUCAAACUUAUCAAUUGCAUUUAACUUGAAAGAUUUAAAAAAUUUAUGCCAUCCUAUUCAACCAUACCCAUUUACAUUUAUAAAUGCUGUCAAACGUAAACUUGCUGUAGAUAAUGGUUCGGAAGCUUGUAAAAAAAUAUAUGAUCAAUAUAAUAAAAAUGCAAUUAAGUCAUCUAUAACAGUAUUAAAGCCUGAAAGUUGUCAGAAUUUACAUGAAAUUGUAAAGAAGAUGGAUUUUAUAAGACCACUGAAAGUUCCAGAUUUGAAAAUUUCUGCAAAAAAGUUAGAUUUUUCUGAUAGAGAAAACUGUGUAUCAAAAGAAUUAAUAUCACCAAAAUUUGAAACACCUUCAAAGGAGUUUAUUCAUGAAAGAGUAGAUAAACCAACAAAAAGUUUUGAGCGAGUUCAAAGAAAAUUAGAUUUUUCAACAUCAGAUGUUUCAUCAACAAUCAACAGUGAAGUGGAACCAUUGAAGGUUCCAAAUAUAUCCAUAUCUUCAAAUUUAUCAAGAAAGAAAGACUACAUUAGAGAAAACUCUAGAGAAAAAGAGAAUAGGUCAAAAAGAAUUAGAAAAGAUGAUUCCUUAUCAUUGCAAGAUGAGGCAACACAAGACCUUUUUAAAAGAUCUAGAAGUCCAAGGCAUGUUUCUAGAAAAGACUUUCCUAAUAAUGUAUGCGAGAAUAUGUCAGCCACAAAGUUAAAAAGCGACAGAUUGCCAUUGUAUAUACCAAGGGAAAGUGAUUUUGCUUUAACUAAACCAAAAACAAAAAACUUUGCAACAUCAACUGCUAAAAAGGCUAAUGAUAAAAAGCAUAGAUCCAGUAAUACUCGAUCCUUAAAGUCAAGAGACGUUUCUUUGGAAUCUAAGAAUAGAUCUUGUAGUAAUGAGUCACUUUCUGAAUAUUCUUCAAAGUUAUCAGAUAAGAUUACAAUUAGAGAGUCUAAAAACAUGGAAUAUUUUGAUACCAGAUACAUUGAUGAUCUACAUAUGUUAAAACAAGCUAAUGAUCAAAAACAUGUAUUGUCAUUAGAAAACAGACAAUUAAAGCAGCAUAAAGUAAUAUAUCAUUCUCAAGGAAAAAAUGAAAAUACUCCUUUCAAAGAACAAACUAAAAAAUUAUCAGAAAAGAUAAAACCUUCUAUGAAUAAAAUGGAUAACAAAAUAUAUAUUAUAAAUUCCAAAGAAUCUGAAGAUGGUGAAAGUAUAACAGACUCAAAUACAAUUGUAAGAACUCAAAGCCCAAGUACAUCCUCUAUUCAACAAAUAAAAAACAAAGAUUCUGAAAAAGCUGCACAAGGUAUUAAUAUACUUAAAUCAAGUAAAAAUAACGAGGAUUUAAAAUAUACAGAUGAUUCAUCACAGUCCACUGCUGCUAACAUAAAAAAGGAAGAAGAAUCUUUUACGCAAAGUGUUACAACAACUAAACCAACAAGUAAUAGUAAUGAAUCUAAUUUAAACGAUAGCAUUUUAUCUGAAAAAUUACUAGAUCCAAGAAGAAUUUCAUUCAGAGAUGAAAAUCGUCUACAAGAGGAAUUUUGUAAUUUAAUAACACCAGAUAUGAAUCUCAUACCACGUUCUAAGCGAAAAAGACAAUUUAUACAAAAUAGUAAUAUAGAAGUUGAUCCUAAAUGUUCAAAACAUAAUACUGGUAAAAUUGAGACAGAACCAGAAGGAAUUUCAUUGUUGCAUCCAACUGCCUUACAUAUGCAAUUUCAAGCAGAGUUGCAUCUCCUUGAUUCAUUUAAUGAGUCAUUGAGGCAGGUUAUGGAUGUUGAAAAAUGUUUAUAUAAUGUUAAACAAAAUCAAGAAAAAGAGUUACCAUUGCAGCAUAGCCAAUUGAGCGACCAAGUAAAAUUGCAUUUCUCAAAAGAUGAAAGAAAUAUUGAUAAUAUGGAACAUUGUAGUGAAAUUAGUAAAUCACAUAAAAAUGUUUCUACUGAUAAGGCAUUUCCAGAUACAAUACAUCAUACCACAAGUCAAACUAUGACAAAUAAGUUUGACAAUUUUAGUAAAUUAAGUAAACCAGCAGUUAAAGCUGUGGAAGUACAAACUCAAACAGUAAAUGAUAUAGCAACCCAAACAGAUGUACGUUCCACUCGACGAAAUGUACAGAGUAGAUGUUCAGAGAUAUGUGGAACUUCGUACGAAAGAGGAUUUGUUGGGGAUAGUGAAAUCCCACAACUUUCGUUAGAUUCAGUAGAACAAUUUGAGGAUUUAGAUCAAAUAGAAGAAAUAUCAUUGCCUAGUAAAUUAAGAACAAUGUCAGAAAUAAGCUUACACGAAACUACGUCAUCUAUACGAACUGAGACUGGAACUGAGAUUAGUAUUUCCACCCGAGAUGUAACAUGUUCUUUUAAUAAAUACUUAGAUCUGGAAAUUGCACAAUUAUUGAAAGACGAGAAACAAAGGUAUGAUAAAAUUGAAAUGUUAUUUAAAUCUCGCGAGAAAACGUUAAAUGAUCAAACUAAAAAAUUAGUAAAGUUGGAGGAACAAAAACGUGCAUUAAAAGAUACUGGACAAGAUAGCCGAGUUAGUUCAGUAAAAAAGAAGCAAAGAGCUCUGCUAUUAAAAUUGCAGCAAGAAAAGGAUGAAAUGAACAGGUUGAAAGAACUACAUAAAAUUGCAAGCCAAGAACGUAAACUUAUGUUGCAGAAACAAAGAAAUAUGUUCAACCCUCAAAUGUCUACUAAAAACAUUUUAACAAAAUUAAAAAGGAGCGCAGAUAGUCAAUCUCCAAGGCGAUUGUCUGGCCCAAUGAAAGGUUAUGAUAUAAGAAGCAAUAGUUCUAUGAGUUCUUUAGUCGAUUCUGAUAAAUCUCAGCAUGAUCGAUCUCAGACAGAUACACGCAUGCAAAUGUCGGAAAAUGAAUUACAUUUUUCUAAAAUUGACUUACCAAAAAGUAAUAAAUUUGCGAAUUUUGUUGAAGAAUCAAAUGCAGCAUUUUUAAGAUUUGAUAAACCUAGCGAAUCUAUUCAGGGUAACAUAUCUCAGGAAAAGUGUCCUUAUAAGAUACAGAAAGAUGGAAGCAAAUCAAAGUAUGAGAUAAAAUCAAGAAAGUUUGAAGAAAAAAUGCCUAAAACAGAUAUUUUCAGGUUGAAAUCACACCAGCAUUCUGCUGAUCCAACACUAAUGUCAAGUCAUUCCAUGAGUAGUCCUGGAAAAUAUCUUUUCGACAAAGACAAAUCUCCCGAUGUUUCUGAACUACUACAACAGAAUUUAAAUAAAUCUAUAUCUGAACAAAUUAAAUCAGAGUCGGACACUUUGAUAGAAGAAUUAUCAAAGAAAUCAAAAUCUCAGAUGAUUGAUAGUCAUUUUCAAAAUGUAUCCCCGAGGGAACGAGAAUCUUUAAAAACUAUUGGUAUGAAUAGUGAAAGUGUUCCCGAAGAAAUAAGUUCUCUUAAUCAAGACACUGUAUCCAAAACGUCAAAAUCAUCACAAGUUUCUGAGGACAUUUUACAGACUCAUUCAAAAAGUUCUAAAAAAAGUAGUAAAUCUAUUCCAUCCGAGAUGUCUAAAAAGACUUAUAGUUCUGAAUCUAAGUCAAACUUUAAACGCAAAAGUUCGAAAUGUCAAAAAAGUAAAUCGUCAUCAAGUAUACUUACGGAAAAUAUCUUACGAUCUAAAUCCAAUUCUCAGAUAUCAGAAGAGUUGAUUAAACAUCUCAACAAACGGACAAAAAUGGAAAAAGAGUUUACUCAAUCUGACAAAACUAACGAAAAUUCACUGCUGGACAACAUGAACUAUGAUGAAAGUUCCUCACAAACAGUAACUAGACAUUCAAAAUCUAUAAAAGAUAACAACUUCAAAUUAUUAACAGAGGGGACAGAUAAUCAUGAAAGUAAAGAAAGUGUACUGUGUCAGAAAGUAUUUGAUAAAAAUGUUCAAGCGUAUGAAAAUUCGUUUAAUACAAAUAAGAGCGAGCACAGUUUGGAUAACGUUUCAGUAAAGUCACAAAUUAGUAAUUUUGCAAUAUCUCGUCAUAGUUCUGAGGAGAGUGACAAAAAUUACUCUAAAUCUGUGGUUAUCAGAUCGCAAGACCAAAACUUGAAAACUUCGAAAAAGCUCGAGCAAAUAUUAAACGCACGUGAGGCUGCGCUUACAUCACGAAAAAACUGUGUGGAAGAGUGGAUGGCUUGGCAUGCAAAAUUAAGAACCGAAGAAGACCGUGUUGCACGAAUGGAACAAGCUGCACUUAAACUUGUAACUGCAACGUCCAACGUUUUUUCUCAUCAAGAGAGAAGUGUAUGUCCCUUUGUAGAUACUACUAUUUCAUCUGAUACGAGUGAUGUAGAAGGAAGAAUAGAAUUACUGACUGAAAAAUUAGCUGAGCGGCGAAUAGAAAUGUCGCGUUUGAAAAGGGAAGCCAGAAAACAAACGAAACAAAAACUUCGAGCUUUAGAAGCAAAUUUGUUAAAUCAAAUUAAGAAAUAUGAUACGACAAUUCAUGAAAUGCGGAGAAAAUUGGAGUCGAAAAAGGGGUCUACUAAAGAUAGUGAUAAAUUAGCGAUAGAGUCGAAAUCGUUAGCAGACUUUAAAGUACCUGAGAUUCCUUUAAAAAGGAUUCAAGAUAUAUUCAAAAAUAAUGAUUUAUUGAGAUCCAGAUCAGAGUCUGAUUUAUUAUGUACAAAAAGCUUAUCAAUGAAAGAUUGCAUGAAACAUAUAAAUUUAAUAAGAAACAAAAAUGUUGAUACUGAAUACGAUAAAAGUGAUUCAGAUAGAGUAAUUAAAUCUUUUAGACGCACAAGAACUUCAGAGCAAUCAAAUUCUGCUAAAGCGAGUACUAUUUGCGAUGAAAAUAUAUCAGAACAAAUUGAAAUUGAUAAAAUUGGUUCUGCUUCGAUGUCGUCAAUUUCAGACGAUGUUGAUGAAAUCCAAAAUAACUCGGUUGUAUCGGAAGCAAAGAGAACUAAUAGCUCGGAAGAAGUUAAAACUGAGAUUAGCGGUGGAAAAUCAGAAACUGAUAUACCCACACAAUCAGAAGCAAAGUUGUCUGGAAAUGAAACCACAAUUCAAUCGGAUUUAAGAGAAUAUAAAUCUGAUUUCGAAACGAUUUCUGAACAAUCCAAAGCAAAAAGUAUUUCAUCGCAAUCUACAGUUAACAAAAUACAAGAUAACAAAUCUUGUGUACCUUCAGAAAAGUCUAGUAAUCAGAGUUCUCAUGUCGAAGUUAACGCUAAAUCUGCUAACGAAAUGUUUGAUGUCUCUAAGAAGUUGGACUUCCUUUGCCUAAGUAAUCAAAAUCUGAAUGAAGAUAUCAGUUCACUGGAGAAUGAACUGAAGAUACUCUCAGAAAUGAUGUCACGUUUUAAUAACAAAUCAAAUGAAAGAAGAAAACAAGAAUUGCAAAGUGAAGAGAAAAGCACGUCGAAGGAUAUAUCAGAAAUACUAUCCAAAUCAGACAGAAAUGAUGAAAUUUACAAUAUAGAAAUUAUAAAACAGGAUAAGAGCGUAGACACGGAAUUAUAUAAACAAGAGAAUACUUCUGAUACUUCACAAUGCAUUACGAAUAGUGCAAAAUUGAAAUCGGCUACUAUUGCUAGUGACCGUGAAAGUAUAGCAGAAGAGGUUGAUAAUGUUAUUUCUGCUAUAAUUCCUCCAGAUGAAACAUCUUUCUCUAAAUCAAAUCAAGAAAUCGAUUAUGAAGCAAGAAGUAAAGAAAUCUUAAAUGAAAUUGAAAAGUCAAUAAUAUCAGAACAUAUUAAAGUUAGCGAGAAUGAUGUGAAUCGUUCAGAAAUAAAAACUGACUAUAAUGAUAUAAGCGCACAUGAAAAUAAUACAAGAUCAUUGUCCGAAAUUUAUUCACGGUCAAUUCAGGGUAAAGAAAGUGCAAAUAAUUCAGAAUCUCAGCAAGCACAUUCCAUUGAACAAGACGUUGACAUAAAUGCUGCGGAAAGUUUAAUUAAUUCUCGUAAUUCAGAAGGUCAUCGUUCAUUAGAAUUCAAUAAAAAUUCUUCAUCGUCUUUAGAAGUGUCCAAUUUAAUAGAAAAGGAUCAUAAGCCAUCAAAUAUUUAUACAGUAAAUAAUGUACUUAUUGACACAGCUGAUGUAACCUCGGCAAAACUGACACGUAAUAUUGCCAAACAAAUACCAAUCAUAGAACGUGAAACUAAAUUAUCAGAAAAACAAAUUUCUCAACAAGCUUCAAAUUCAACUGAAAUAAGUGAGAACUUCGAAGAAUCUUUGGAAAAUUAUACAAACGACAUAACAAAUCAUAACAGGCAACAAAGCAUAAGUGAAGUCCUUCCACUAUCAAAAGGAGAUAGUUCCAAAUUAACAUCUAAAGAGUUUAACGACGACAAUAAAAAUGAAGCUUUAUUUGUACAUGAUGAACAUGUAGAUUUGGAAGUAUCGCCAACAAAACUUGAAACGUCUAAAUAUGACACAUCUAAUCAUGAUAUAAGCUUUAACGGCAAAGAAAUAGACAAACAUGAUAGUCAAAUAAAACAAAUUUCUAUAGAUAAAACUUCUGUUGAUAAAGAUAAUUGGACUAUAUCAGAUUCAUUUGAUAUUCAGCAAGAUGUUACAAACUCUUCCUGGGAAAAAUCCCAUUAUUCAAAAGAUGUAUCUCAUUUAACAGAUAGUUCUAAACAUCAAAUUUCGGAAGAGAACAUAGUUAAUGACGUAGAAGAUGUGUUCUCGUUUGUACCGAAGAGUGAAUCUUCACAUAUUGAUCAACAUGACAUUAACUUUCAUGAAACAGCGUUGGGUUCUGACAUUGAAAAAGGUAAUAAACAAGUUAAUAAUUUAUUGAAUAUAAUUGGUACGUAUAGUUACAAGGAGCAAGAUCAGGAUGAAACCGUGCACAGUAUUGAAACUGAUGAUUUCCAAAAAGCUAUUUAUGAUUCUGUAGUUAAAAUAUUAGAUAAAGUUGAGAAAAGUAUCGAGGAUAAUUCGAUAAAAGAGAAAAUCGAAAGUCAUUCGGAUGUUCUACAAAAUAAAAACGAAGUAAAAAUUACUGAAGAUGAAGAAAUUAAAUUAAUUUCGUGCAAUUCUGACUUAAAGGAUGUAUUACAAAAUGAGAAUAAUAUGAAAUUUGAUGAAAAUGAAGAACCUGUUUCUGUGGAUAUCAAAAACAGUGAAAAUAUUAAUAAAAAUGUAACAGUUAAUAAAAUUCAUGUAGAUCUUACUACGGGUGUUAAUUUAUAUACAGAAAUUGAACAAGAUGAAGAUAUAUAUGACGCUGAAAAUAAAUCACAAGAAAUUAUUAUAACAGAACUAGAACCGGGAAGUGCGGAAAGUGAGAGUUUGUCAGAACUUGAAAUUGAUGUUAAAAUAGAAUUGGCGGAGGAAGAACCUAUGGAAAUAAACAAUGAGGAAGAGAAAAUAGAAACACGAGUAAAAAUAGUGCAAGAACAGAAUUCCUUAGAACCUAUAUUAGAGCAAGAUAGUUCUGAUGGUGAACAGCUCGAUAAUUUAGUAGAAGUAGCUGAAAGUGGAUUAGAUGUUAUAGAAAAACGAAUAGAACAUUUUAUAGAUUCGGUUGCUGAAUCGGACUCUAUAUCACAUCAUAAAACUGAUAUUGAAAUAACUGAAGUUUCGGAAAAUGAAAUAAAGAGCCAAAAAGAUACACUUAUUUCUGCAGUUGCAGAUGAUCUUAAAAUAGCAAAACAUUAUGAAGUAAUUACAUCCAACUCACCUAACAACAUAGUAAAUAAAACAUUUGAUAUUUUGAAAGAUCCUGAAUACGAAGACAUCUCAGAAGAAAGUUUAGAAGUGUCUGAAAUAUUUGAUAAAAGUGAACUUCAAAAAUCUGCUGUUAUACAGAAGCCGUCGUCUAUACCAGAAAAAUACGAAGCAAUACAUAAAUCUGAGGAAGUACUGAAAAUACUUGAUGAAAUCACCCAAAAAUCAUCUACGGAUUUAGACUAUAAUGUAAAUAAAUUUCGCGAUGAUAAGCAUGCCCUUGAAGAUAGUGAGAAAUCACAAACAGAAAUUUCUGAUAAGGAUGAUAUUAUGUCUUCGGAAGUUGAUGAUAAAGUUGUAGGAAGUAUUCUUAAGAAAAAUGAUCAAUCACUGAUGUAUAAUGUGGACAACGAAGUAGUUGAAAUAAUAGCUUCUAAGGACAUAACACUUAGCUCGAACGAUGAGGAAAAGAAGAAGCUAGAACAAGAUGCAUUAUCCGAAUCGAGUGAAUGUAGAAAUACACCAAAAGAUGUAUCAGAAAUUGAAAUAGAUUCUUCCCGUGAUCCUAAUGAUUCGAGAUUAGAUGUCGAUGCAUUAAAUGAUGAUUUAUUAAAUAACACUAACGUGGAAAAUCAGAACGCAGACUCAAAGAACACAUACCAUGCCACGCCUAUUGUUGCGACAUCCGAAAAGGACAUAGAGGUCAUGAUAGAUAAAUUGAAAGCGUCAUUGGAACAACCUGGCGUGGAAGUUGCGGAUUGGGAAGCAAAACUGCUUCGCAUUGAACAACUUCAAAUCGAAUUGGAGAUUAAAAAGUUAGAGGCAGAGGAAGUUACUUAUUACGUUAGAGAAAUUCCUAAUAAACCACCACCACCCUACACACCACCUGGUGGUGGCGGAAGAAUUUCUACGUCCCUGGCAUCACCUUCUCCACCUCCAGCUGUAAUUCCUUCUAAUAUAGACGAACUAACAGCGUUCACCGAAAAGGCUACAGCGAUAAUAUUUAAAGCUAAAGAAGCUGGAGAAGAUAUUAUGAGAUUAGAAGCUCCUUUGGAAAUAUGCGAGUUAACCAAAGAGAACGACGAGACUGUAAAGAAAGAUAGAAGAAUUUAUAAUACGUUUCUGUUUGAUCUGUGCAAAGAAACGAUUGCUGAAGUUUAUCAAGCCGAGUACGAGAAACCGGGUCCAAGUUGGACGAAGCCAAACGUGAAAACGAAACCAAUUAUGAAAAUUCCCAAAACUAUAGAAGAACUUAACGCUUAUGUGAACAAAGAGGUGGCCACGUUGUUUGGUUUCAAGACGAAACUGCAACGGGAAAAUAUGGUAAUGCGUUGGAGCAGAAAACGACGAGACAGAGUCGACGAAUUGUUGGCUAGAGAGGCCCAAGCCGAGGAAGACGAAUGGACGAAGUUCCAUCACGAUGAACUCGCGGUAAAAAAUGGUCUCACUGUAACUAUAUUGGAUACUUUGAUAAUGGAAACUGUGAACGUGGUUAAAGUGGCAUAUGCAAAGAAAAGAAAAGUAAUGGUUUAAUGGUUUUACAAUGUUAUUAUGAUUGAGAUAUUAGUACUCAAAUAGGUUCUAAGACAAUCGUUUUAUCGUGAAAAAGAGCGGCAUAUUUUAUUUUUAAAUUCUUUAAAUUGGCCCGAACUGCCAUAUUUUUAACGAUUUACCAAGUAAUUAAUUUUGUAUCCAUUUCUGCCCUGCAAAUAAGCUAUAGGCUGGUUCCUAUUUAUUUCUUUGAUGAAAUUGUUUGCUUUUAAAUAAGAAAAAACCGGAAUGAAUACUUUAUUGUAUUGGAGCUUAAGAAGUGUAACAGCUCAUUUUAUGAACUGUAGAAUUAAAGAAAGUAAAGUAUUUGUAAUUUGUAGAAUAAGGUCAUGUAGAAGUUGAUAAUCAAACGUCAUAGGUUUGUUCUGUUACAGCUAAGUAUUAUUAUUAGGGUAUCUGAUAUAAGAGUGAUGCAAUUUAUAUUUGCAUAUAGUGGGGAAUAUAGUAGCACAUAUAAUGUAAGAAUUUCGUUAAUGUCUACUUAUAAGAGUGUAGUUAUUGAUUUUAUGAUUCUGGGCGUUUUGUUCGAAUAAUUACUCAAGCAAGAUUAUUUUAUAUAGUUCUUAGUAAUAUAUGUUCCUUGUGUGAUUUUUGUUUCAUCUUGUUUCGAAUUAAUAGAUUUUAAGUUCUCUUUUUGGUAUUUAUAUAGCAAUUAGAAUUAACGACUAUAACUUAAAUAAUAUUUUAAGCAAGAUUACGUGUUGUUAGGUAAAAUGGUAUUUAGAAAAUAUUCGAAUAAAAUGCCCUUUAAGUUAUUAUAUGCAUUUUUAAUAGUUCUGUUAUAGAAGUCGUUGGCUGUGGAACGUAAAAUGUUCUUACUAUGCCAUAUCGGACUUCGUAGAUUUAUGCUCAACUAUGUAUAAUAAAAUUAACAAAAUUUUAACCAAAAGACUGAUACUUUGGGGCCAUUUUGAUCUAAAUUUCAGACAUUCUAAUGAAAUAUGUAAUUACAUAUAAGCGGUAGAUAAAAAUUAAUUAUAAAUUGGCAUUAAGAAAGCAGCUUAUGUUGGCUAUUCGUAACAAAAGAGGGUAGCUUUAAUAUUCAUUAUAGCUCUUUUAUUAUGUAAAACCGGGUAUAAAAACGAUACGUAUAUGUAUUAUUAAUCGGAAAAUGUUAAUGAUCGGUUGAAUCGGUUAUAUACAUUUUAGUCUACCUGAGUUAGCAGUACGCUAACUUGGUUCCCUAUCGCAUUUAAGUUUUACGUUUGUGGUUGUGAUGUCUAUUUAAUGCCCACAAAACAAUACCAGCGAUUCAUUAGUGUGUGAAUGCAUAACAGCGGUGGAAUGAAUGGAACCUCAGCUUUAAUUGUUACGACCGUUUUGUAAUACUUUGAUGAAUUUUCGCACGUCUUUUAAAGAGAUAGUAAGCGUUAGUUCUUUCUUUGACGUGUGACUUCUAGACUUCUGUGUAUUUAGCAAUGUAUAUAUAUAUGACACGCUCAAAUGUUGGAAAGAGUGUAUAGGUUUUCAUUUUGUAGAGAGAUCAGCUAACAAUUUUUAUUCUUGGUGGUUCAGUCAUGAACUAUCAUGAAGGAGAUACGACUUUUUAAUUUCUGUGUUGUCUGUCCCUAUUUUGUUCGCGGUCAGCUCGACAAACUGAGACUGAUUGCAUUCGUAGUUGUUAUACGUAAACAUUGUUCACGUACGUAGAGUUGAAUAUGUACUUAAUUAAGGUAUAAUAUAUUUUAUAAUAAAUUUUUUGAAAAAUUUA